AUGCAGCGCAUUCUCAGUCUCCCUGUCAUCGCCCUUCUUGCCUUGGCUCUUUCCACUCUAAUCGCGAAUGGAACGAUCGACCGACGUCAAACACCCCCGGCAACCGCCACUGAUAUCAAACCUGUGACCGCUGACAGUCAAUCGACAGGCGCUGAGACUCACCCUACUGGUAGUGCCAACGCCAUCGAUUCUAAAGGGUCAUCAAACACCUCAGCAUUGCCAUCUACAGGAGCAGCAAGCACAGGAGGGUCAACCACAGCAUUGCCAACUACAGCAAGCUCAGCAAACCAAACAAACUCGCCCCUUGGUAAUAGUAGCGAGAAAUCUGCCAAUACCACAAAGACUACCCCUCCGGCUGGAGCGAAGCACAGCAGCGCUGGUCAAAUCAGUGGCAAUUUUGUGGCCACUUUCGUGGUCGCCUCGCUAUCGCUCUUCGCCGCCCUCUUCACUUGA